GGCCUUUCUCUCUCUCUCUCUCUCCUUGCUUGUAUAAAUAGUGGGCAGCUCCUCAGCCAGGAUUACACCUCUUCCAACUCCAAGGCUCAAAACUGAGAGUACUUCAUUAAAUCCUUUCUCUCGCUUUAGAUCAGUGCUUUCUAUUGAUUUAAACCCCUUCUUGUAGAAACAAAAGAAAAGAAAUGGUUACGCUGUCGUCGCCAACUUCUAUGAGAAGCAAGAAAACCAGGGCAGUAGGGAUUCCCGAGGUUGAUCUUUCACUUGAUAGGUCGAAAGUGUCGGAGCUGAUUGUCCAAGCUUGUGAAGAGUAUGGAUUCUUUAAGGUUAUCAACCAUGGCGUGCCUGGGGAGAUAAUAACCAGAUUGGAAGAUGAAGGGCUCAAUUUUUUUGACAAACCAGCGGAUGAUAAGCACCGAGCGGGGCCUGCCAGCCCUUUCGGUUAUGGUUUGAAAAACAUCGGCCUCACUGGCGAUAAGGGUGAACUCGAGUAUCUUCUUCUCCACACCCAUCCUUUCUCCAUUGCUGAAAGGUCCAAAACCAUCUCCAAUGAGCCUGAAAAUUUCAGUUGUGCUGCGAAUGAUUACAUAGAAGCAGUGAGGGAGUUAGCAUGCCAGGUUCUUGAUCUGGUGGCCGAGGGUCUAUGGGUCCCAGACAAGUACGUGUUCAGUAGACUAAUCAGAGAUGUCCAGAGCGACUCGGUCCUCAGGUUCAAUCAUUAUCCUCCAUUCAAGAAUUGGGACCCAUCAUCCAAAGCAUGCAAAGACGAUCAAAUUGGAUUUGGAGAGCAUUCUGACCCUCAGAUCCUCACCAUAUUACGAUCCAACGAUGUUGCUGGGCUUGAAAUCUCUUUGCAUGAUGGUUUUUGGGUCCCAGUCCCCCCUGACCCCACUCAAUUCUACGUGAUCAUCGGUGAUGCCUUGCGGGUUUUAACAAAUGGGAGAUUGGUGAGCGUGAGACAUAGGGCGUUGGCAAACUCAUCAAGAGAUUCAAGAAUGUCAAUCAUGUACUUUGGGGCACCACCUCUUAAUGCAAUCAUCUCUCCUCUCCCUGAAUUUGUGUCACCACAAAAUCCCAGCCUCUACAAGCCCUUUACUUGGAGUGAGUACAAGAAAGCUGCCUACUCCUUACGCUUGGGGGAUUGCCGUCUUGACCUCUUCAAGCUUCAUCCCAGCAAUGAUAGGAUGACAUUGUUAAGCUAGACAAACUUAAAUGUGCCUUCCCCCAGGAAUUAAUCAAACAGGAGCAGCAAGACCUGCGUCUCAAUUUCAUAUUAUUAUUAUUAUUAAUUAUAUAUUGUAUAUAGGCCACAAUUCAAGGCGGUAAGUUAAAGGGCGACGAUAAUCCUAUUUAAAUUAGCAGGAAAUUUUUUUAUCUGAAGCCCUUCUUCCCCUCUUAGUAAUUAUCAAUUUAUUUUAUUUUUCUUUUUGAUUGGAUAUUUAGCUUUGUUGGGGAAGGUUCCGUAUCAAAAAAAAAAAAA